UGCUAUGACCCACUCCCAGCUUUGGGCCUUGUGGCUGGGCUGCACGGGCUGGAUUCUAACCGCCGUGGCUCUUGGACUGGUCCAGUGGAGGGUUUGGUUGGUGAAGGACAACAAAGCGAUCAGCUCGGGUGUAGCCUGGGUGGGCCUGUGGAGGGCUUGCUUCAACAGCCACACCCAGGUGAGCCCCGGCUUUGUGGUCACACACUGCAGGCACAUCAGCUUGUUGGAGGCCUCCACGCCACCUGAGAUUGUAGCGGGUCAGGUUCUCAUGCUCCUGUCCGUGCUGGUGGGCUUGUUAGGAAACAGCAGUGGGGUUUAUGCCCUGAGGAACGUCCACUUUGGAUUGCGGAAGAACUUGCCCAGAUGCUUCUUCAUCCCCGGUGCGAUGUUCUUGUCGGCUUCAGGGUUGUCACUCGUGCCCCUCACAUGGAAUCUGAGCUCAGUGGUAACCAAUCAGACCAUCGAGUUCCCCCCUGCGUUCAAGAUGCCCCAGGCCCCUCAUUCUCAGCAUGUGGGCUGUGGCAUUACCAUGGGUAUGGCCGGCACAGUCUUGAUGAUUGUGUCUGGGAUUAUGUUCUGUAGAUACGGGUCGCCGAUACCAUCGCUGCGGGACAGCUCUGUCGGAAAAGAUAACCCUUGCUUUGAUGAAAUGAGUUGAGGUGUAGGCUUAUUCACAUCACACCACCCUUUUUGAGAUCUUCCAGAUUUUGACAUCCAUCCAUCCAUGCAUUAUCUACCACAAGGUCACAGGUGAGCUGACUUCAGGCAAGAGGCGAGACACACCCUGGACUGCCUGCCGAUCGUAGGACAUAUACAGAGUGCCCCUAAAGUAGACGGGCAGGAAAUGUGGCUUUAUUGACUCAUAUUCAACUGUUGCAUCACCA